AUGUCAGUUCCCGCCCCCAUUCCCCUUUCCGUUCCCCAUGCUGUCGUCACAGCCGCCCCUCUAGCGCCGCUCGUCUCCGCCUCCCGCGAUCAUCUGCGCGAGUUGCGGAGGUGCAGGCGGGACCCGCAGCAGGUAGUUUCCGCGCCCCUUCUGCGUAGGUCCGCCUCCGCUAGUCGCAUUGGCGGACGAUGCACCUCGGCGCAGGAAGGCGGGGCGGGCAAGGGGAGAGGGCGGAAGUUGCGCGCAGUGCAUGGGGGAGGGCGCGGCGACUCAAGAGAAUCGGAAGACCGGGCGGAAGUUGAGGGGGUGCGGGGCCCGGAGGGAUCAUGGCGCGAAGGCGGAAGCUUAGAGGGGGAAGUGGAGGGGGAUUUGGACGAGGACUGGCCUGGGGAAGCAGAACGGGGCGCGCGGUUGGGGGCGCGGGCUGGGGUGGGUGGCGGGGGAAUGCGCGGAAAUGGGGUGGGGGAUGAAAGGGGGUCUGACGGUCCUGAACUGGGGGAAGCGCGAGGGGAGAAAGCGCGGAUUGCGGCGGAAACAGGCGGGGCUGCAGGUAUGGGGGAGGGAGAGGCAGAUGGCGAGGGGGGAAUGGAAGAUGAGGGGGAGUGGGAGGAUGGAUGGGAGGGGGAGGGGGAGCAAGAAGGGGAGGAGCAUUGGGAUGUUGAGGAGGAUUUAGAGGAGGACGAGGAGGGGGAAAGCAGCCAGAGCAGGUGGAGAGUUGGGGGAGGGAAAGGGCGGGUGAGAGCAGGGGGGGCACGCAUGGCACCUAGCGUGGCACGAGGAAGAGGGGGCAAGGGCGAGGGCGCAGGGGGAGCAGCAGGCGGGGUAAGCGCCAUUGGCGGCCUGCCUUUAGGCCCUGGCGCUGUGGGUGGUGGUAGUGGCGCUGCCAGCAUCAACACCGCUCCCAGUGCGAGCAGCAGCAGCACUGCCAACCCCACCCCCAUGCCUGCCAACCCCACCCCCAUGCCUGCCAACAUCCCCACGCCCAACCCCAGCAGCGGCGGUGGCGGCGCCCCCACUGGCGCGUGGCGGCUGCGCCUGGCGGCCCUGUCCGCGCUCUCCGCGCUGAGAGCCGCCCAGCAGCGCGGCGAACAGCUCAUGGCGCUGGCCGCUGGGGGGGAGACGCAGGACGAAGGGGCAAGAGGGGAGGGGGCAAAGAGGGAGGGGGCGGAGGGCGAGGGGGCGGAAGGGGAGGAGAAGGGGCGGGCGUGGGCAGGGAGGGCGGACGGGGCAAACGAGGGGGCCCGGGACGAGGGGGAGAGGGUGACGGGUGAGGUGGAGGAGGGGAAGGCAGCAGGUGCGCAGGCAGGGCAGGGCGGGCAGGGCGAACAGAGCGGGCAGAGCGGGCAAGGUGGGCAGGGCGGGCUGGGAGCGGGCAUGUUGGAGGCUCUCAAGGCGGCCGCUGCCGCUGAUGCUGAGGGCGACGCGAGGGGCAGAAGCCUAACCUCUAAACCGCCCCCAGCAUCAGCAUCAGCAGCAGCAUCACAGGCAGCAGCAGCAGCAGCAUCCCCAGGGGGCGUGUCGAUCUACGUGAACUGCUCGUCAGUGGGGCUGCAGCGAGUGGCAGUGGUGGAGGAGGGGCGCCUGGUCGAACUCAUCGUCGCCUCCACCCCGCCCCCCUCCCUCCCCCACCCUGCACUGCCCUUCCGCUCCUCCCCUCGCAGCCCCACCCACCCCACCACCACCACUGCUGCUGCUCCAUCUGCUGCUCUCACCCCACUCACCGCACCCAACCCAACCACAUUCCCACCCACAACAGCAUCAGCAGCAGGCAGCAGCGUUUCUCCCGUACCUCCCUUGGCCUCUCCUCCCCCUCCCCCCGCGCCGUGGGGGGUGCGCGUGGGGGACGUGUACCUGGGGGUGAUCCGGUCGCUGCAUCCGGGCAUGAAGGCCGCGUUUGUCGACAUUGGGGGCGCCGCGCCCUCGCUGCUCAACCUGGCUCACAACGACCGCCCCCUCACCUUCCCACCCACUGGGGGUGAUUCUGCCCUUGCGCAUGCAUGGCGUGACACGGCUGUGGUAGGGGGCCUUGGUGGGGAGGCAGGCACUGAGGCAGAGGGAGAGACAGAGGCAAACACAGGGAGAGGCAGAGAGGCAGAGACAGGCGGUGAUGCAGACACAGGCGGAGUCAGAGCCAGAGAGAAUGGUGCGGCCGCAGGGUCGGUGCUAGCUACGGGUGCAGGGUCGGAGUCAGGUUCGGGAGCAGGGCUGGAUGCUGCGAGGCACUGGGAGACGUUGGUGGGGAGGGAGGAGACAGGCGGUGGGGCGGGUGCCGUGGCGGAAGGCAGUGCAGGCGUGUGGAUGGGAGUGAAGGUCGAGGGUGGGGGGUUGAUUCAGGGAUGGGAGGCGAGGGAAGGGGAGGAUAGGGGUGCAGUGGUGGUGGCAGGUAUGCAAGAUGAUGAGGAGGAAGAUGAUGAUGAUUUUGUGGAAGAGGAGGAGGAAGAUGAAGGAGAGGAAGGAGAGGAAGAAGAUGAGGGUCUCGAAGAGGACCUGCAUGAGUGGCAUGAGGAUGAGGCGGAAGAAAGUGACGACGAGGAGGGAGAGACACUGGGCGAUGAAGACGAGGAGUGGAUAGAAGAGGAGGAUGGGGAGGAGGAGGAGGAAAAGGAGGAUGGAGAGGAGGAGGAGGAUGAGGAGGAGGAGGAGGAGGAAGGGGAAGAGGAAGAGGAGGAAGAAGAAGGGGAGGAGGAGUGGGUGGACGUGGAGGGUGAGUUCGAGACGGACCUUGAGGACGAGAGCAGCAGUGAUGCCGUCCAUGCUGCUGCUGCUGAUCCGUAUAGUUUUGAGGCGCCUCAACACGAGACGGACCUCGAGGACCACAGCAGUGAUGGCGGCGAUGCUGCUGAUCCGGAUGUUGAUGCUCAUGGCGAUGCCAUGUCACGGCAAUCGAAAGGAUCAGAAGGGAGUGAGGAUGAGAGAGAGGGGUGGGAGCGUGUGGAAGGUGAUGCUGAGGAGGUGGGUGAGGAGGAGGAGGAAGAGGAAGGAGGAGGGUGGGAGGAGGGGGAAGAGGAGGAAUGGGAGAUGGAGGGGGAAGAAGCGAGGGCAGAUGGGAGGCGGCGGAGGAAGAAGGCUGUGAGGAGGCGAGGCAUGGGCGCUGGUGAUGAUUGGGCGGAGGAGGAGGAAGAAGAAGAGGAGGAGGAUGAGGAGGAGGAGGAAGAAGAAGAGGAGGAGGAUGAGGAGGAGGAGGAAGAAGAAGAGGAGGAGGAUGAGGAGGAGGAGGAAGAAGAAGAGGAGGAGGAUGAGGAGGAGGAGGAAGAAGAAGAGGAGGAGGAUGAGGAGGAGGAGGAAGAAGAAGAGGAGGAGGAUGAGGAGGAGGAGGAAGAAGAGGAGGAAGAAGAGGAGAGCAGUGGGGAGGCAGAGAAGAAGCAUGGGGGGGAACAGAAGCCCGAGGAGGAGAAGGCAGAAGCAGCAGUAGAGGUGGUGGGGAAGUCAGGGAAUGGGCUUGACAGUCGGGACCCCACCAACGGCUUAACCGAUUGCCUGCCUGCUCAUGCCGCCUCUUCCCUCUCUCUCGCCCUGCACACCCGCCCGCUCCCCCUGCCUGCCCCUUCCCCGCCCUCCAUACCCCCUUCCUCCCUACCCCCUCCUGUGCAACUCCAGCCUGCCCUCCCAUUGCCCUCCCUCCCCCCCGCCCUCGCAUCAGCAGACCCCCUUGUUGACCCUGCUGCACCCCUGCCCACACCCCUGCCCACACCCCUGCCCACACCCCUGCCCACACCCCUGCCCACACCCCUGCCCACACCCCUGCCCACACCCCUGCCCACACCCCUGCCCACACCCCUGCCCACACCCCUGCCCACACCCCUGCCCACACCCCUGCCCACACCCCUGCCCACACCCCUGCCCACACCCCUGCCCACACCCCUGCCCACACCCCUGCCCACACCCCUGCCCACACCCCUGCCCACACCCCUGCCCACACCCCUGCCCACACCCCUGCCCACACCCCUGCCCACACCCCUGCCCACACCCCUGCCCACACCCCUGCCCACACCCCUGCCCACACCCCUGCCCACACCCCUGCCCACACCCCUGCCCACACCCCUGCCCACACCCCUGCCCACACCCCUGCCCACACCCCUGCCCACACCCCUGCCCACACCCCUGCCCACACCCCUGCCCACACCCCUGCCCACACCCCUGCCCACACCCCUGCCCACACCCCUGCCCACACCCCUGCCCACACCCCUGCCCACACCCCUGCUCACACCCCUGCCCACACCACCACAGCUUGAUGCUCUCAACGCGUUCCCCACCGAACCCGCCUCUCUCCACCCUUCUGCCCCUCCCCACCCGGCCGCCAACCCUGUCCCGCUGUACCCCAAACCCUCCCUCCCAUCGCCACCGCCCUCCGCUCGUGCCCGUUCUGCUACUGCCCCGCGUCUUCCCGUUCCAACCUCCACCAGCACCCCCACCACCACCACCACCACCACCGGCAGCAGCAGCAGCGGCGGCAGCAGUGAAAGCAGGGACGAGGACGGGGCGGGUAGGAGGGCAGAUGAGAGGGAAGCGGAUGUAGAGGAAGGAGAGGCAGGCACAAGGGAAAAGGAGCUGCAGGAGCAGCAGGAACAGAAACAGCAGGAGGAGCAGCAGCAGGGGAGGAGGCAGCAGCAGCAGCAGCAGGAGCAGCAACCAGACCCCCCUCUGCGCCGCCCGUCCGGCCGCCCCCGCCUGCUCUCCCUCGCCGCCACCCUCCCCCUGCCCCUCUCCCCCUCCCCCCGCCGCCGCUACUCCGCCCUGCUCUCCCAGCAACUCAACCUCCCCCUCCCCCCCGCCCCCCCCGCCCCUGCCAGCGCCAGGGGGAGGAGGAAGCGGGGGGAAGGCGGCUGCAAGGGGCAAGGGGGGAAGGAGGGCGCUGGAGGCAAGGGGUGGGCGGAAGGCAUAAGGGCGGGCGGAGGGGAGGAGAGUGGACAGAGCAGGCAAGGGGGGUCAGGGGGAGGGGCGGUGGGUGGAGAGGGGGGAGGGGGGAGUGGGUGGGUCGAUGCUGCUGCCAAACCAAGUGAGUCCACUUGGGGGGUUGAGCCACUGCCAGGGGUGCGGCGGCCAAGGGUAAGUGCGCCGCCCUACACGGCGGGCGGCAGGCUGGGCGGCGGGCGGCUGACAGUCAUCCCGGGCUCCCGAGGCCAGCCGAGGAGCCGCCGCUCGGCCGCGUGGUCGCUGACGUGGCGCCAGCUCAUGGAGUCGCGGCGGGCGGCGAGAGAGCGAGCGAGGCGAGCGGGGGCCAUAGAGGGAGGGGAUAACGGGGGGACGAGGGGGGGCGAGGAGGCGAGGGAGGGGGGAGCAGAGGGCGAUGAGGAGCGGGAGGAGGAGGAGGAGGAGCAGUAUGAGGAGUGGGGGGAGGUGCGGGCGGGCAUGCUGAUUCUGGUGCAGGUGGUGCGAGGGCCCAUCGGCGCCAAGGACUCUGUGCUGCGAGCGUUCCCCGUGCUCGCAGGCCGCUGCUUUCGGCUGGUGCUGCGGGGAACAGGGUUGGUGAUGCCGAGGGGGGUGGCAGCAGAGGAGGCAGCACGCAUUCAGGCCAUUGUCGCCCGCCUCGCACCCACUCGCUCCUUCUCCAUCCAGGUGCGGCAGGCGGCGGUGGGGAAGGGGGAGGGCGAGCUGGGGGAGGAUCUAGCGGAGCUGGUGGCGCGGUGGAGAGCGGUGCUGGCGCGUGCGAAUGCGGUGGCGGGGCACGUGAGGAGCGUGGCGGACGUGCCGGCUGUGGGACCCACGCUGCUGCUGCAGGGCACACCCAUGGCUCUGGAUGUCAUUCACUCUCUGCUCGUGCAGCACCACCAGGUGUCGCGCCUCGUGGUCGACUCGCCUGCCUUCCUGCAAGAGCUGGAGGCGUAUCUACAGCGCAUGCAGCCGGCGCUGUGUGGGCGGGUGCAGCUGCAUGCAGGCCCAUCGCCCAUCUUUGACACCGCCCACAUCGAACCUGCCCUGCUCUCUGCACUGCACCGCUGUGUUCCCCUGGCAGGCGGCGGGUCCCUGGUGAUAGAGGAGACGGAGGCGCUGGUGGCGAUCGACGUGAACAGCGGGUGGAGCGUGCUGCAGCCCACGGCACGGCAGGAGGACACCUUCCUUGCUGUCAACCUCGCUGCCGCUCGCCAGAUUGCAGUGGAGCUGCGGCUGAGGGACCUGGGAGGGCUCGUGGUGAUUGACUUUAUCGACAUGCAUAAAGCGGAGCACCGGAGGGCGGUGGAGGAGGAGGUGAGGAGGGCGAUGGGGGGGGACCGGCGCAAGGUGCGAGUGGGGGAGAUCUCGCAGUUCGGCCUGCUCGAACUCACCCGCCAGCGUGUGAGUGCUCUCUGGAUGCGUCCAAGCCUUGCCGCCUCGCUGACGGCGCCGUGCAGGUGCUGCUGGGCGGCAGGGCGGGUGGAGUCACGUCUGGCCAUGCUGGCUCGACUCGAGCGCGCGCUGCAGCGCUGCCUGGUGCGCUCACCUGCUGCUGAUUCUGGGGUGACUAUGGCCCGGGCGGGUGCGGGGGGCCAGUUGGGGGGUGCAGGUCUGGGGGAGGCGCUUGCUCAGUCUGCAGCAGCGGCAGGCAGCAAGCAGGGCAGGCAGGGAAAAGGUGCCAGGGAGAGGCGGCGGGAGCGCAGGGCCCAAGCAGCAGCAGCAGAAGCAGCGAGUGGUGGGGGUGAGGAGGGUGAAGAGAGAGAGGGCGGGCGUGAGGAGGUGGUGGUGGGUCUGACUGCCUCGCCUGCCACGUGUGAGCAGCUGCUCAUGGGACCCGCUCUGCCAGAUGGCACUCCCUCACUCGUCCACGUCAUCUGUGCUGCCCUCCACGUCACCCUGCACAUACAGGUGUGUGUGAGCAGCACAUGUGCUGACUGGAUCCAUGCCCGUUCCUCCAGUGGCUGUGCGCACCUGUGGCAUGCCCAGGGCUGCACCAUGCCUGAGGUGGAUGCAGCACUGCCGUACGGCUACUUUCUGCUCUCCCACAACGGCCGCUCCACCGUCGACCCGCCGCUCACCCCCCACGACCCUCCCCCACCACUUCUCACCCCCCAUGACCCUCCCCUACCCCUCUCGCCCGCACCACCAGCCGGUGCCUCAGUGCGUGCCGACGCCCCUGUGCCGCCCAGAAUCACCGUUUCCCCUCACUGGACUGCUGCAGGCCAGCCCAGGGGGGGCCAAGACACCCCAGAGCUGCCUGCCUCCAGUGCACCUGCACAGCCCACCUCUGCUGCUGCCUCUGCUAGUGUGAGAACAGGCUCAGCAGAAGCAGUGCAGCGUGGGAGUGAGCUGGCAGGGGGCAGUGGGAUGGUGAUGCGGAGGAAGGCGGUGGGAGAGGCAGGGGCAGCAAGGGGUGCGAGGAAGAUUUCCAGGAGUAAGGCGAGUGGUGGUGUUUCUGGUGGUAAGCCUAGCAGUAGCAGCAGCGACGGCAAGAGUAGUGGUGGUGGCAGUGGUGGAAGCAGCACCAAGGGUGGCCAAACCGUUCCCUUACCUGCGGAUGGAUCAGCUGAUUCCCCCUGGGCUUCUCCCUCCGUUUCCCAGGGGCCAGGGACAGUCAGCAAGCGCACGAAGCAAUACCAGCUGGAGAUCCUGAAAACGACAGCCAAGCCGAAGCCGCAAAGCCCGGUGAGGCAGGUUUCGGACGCCGGGUUGACCCGACGACAACGGUUUCAGCAAGAUGAGGACGGCGGGCUGCCGUCGAGACAGAUCGCGCUGAUUGCGACUGACGUGGAUGGGACUCUGCUUAACAGCAACCACGCCCUGAGUGAACGGACCGAGAGAGCGCUUUUGAUGGCGCAAGAGCAAGGCAUCCAGGUCGUUCUGGCCACUGGCAAAGCAAGAGGACCGUGGUUUCCUGAAAUCAAGGAGCGACUGAAGCUUGAAACUCCUGGAGUAUUUUUACAGGGCUUGAUGGUUUACAGUGCGGACGGAACUCUGUUGUACGAGCGAGCCAUGGCGGAGGAUGUGGCUCGGCAGGUUAUUCGGUUCGGCAAGGCCGAAGGCGUCACGCUCACGGCCUACUGUGGCGAGAGAAUACUGUGCGAAGAAAGGGACGAGCACACUGAUCGUCUCGUUCCCUAUGGCGAGCCAAUUCCCGAAGCCGUUGGCCCCCUUGAGGACCUCAUUGGCAUCACAUCCAUUCACAAGCUCAUUCUCAUGGCUGACGACGACACCUUGGCAGCACUAAGGCCUCGUUUGGACGCGGAGCUGGGUGGCAGGGGGUCGCUCAUCACAUCAGUGCCUGGCAUGCUGGAAGUGCUUCCAGUUGGCGCUUCCAAGGCCACAGGCCUUGCCACUGUGCUCGACAUUAUGGGCCUGCACCCGCAGCAGGUCAUGGCGGCAGGAGAUGGUGAAAAUGACAUUGAGAUGCUCCAGAUGGUUGGUUUGGGUGUGGCAAUGGCAAAUGCUGGCCCUUCGGUCAAGGCAGUGGCAGACCAUGUGUCGAGCUCUAACGACCAUGAUGGUUUGGCGGCUGCUGUGGAAAGAUUUGCCCUCACUGCUGGACUCUGGUGCUGGGACUAA